AUGCGUCUCCCAGACGUCCCCAGAGGAUCCUCGGGCCAUUGGGACUGCGUGGAAUGCGGGAGUCCGCGGGGAUAUUUUCCCGUUUUGUUUUUAUUCCUCCAUCGGCCUAUCCCAAACCUCAACACGGCGGCUGAGCCAACGACUGCGACGGGAUCCGUUGCGUAUUUCUGGAUCUCUCUUGCGUUGCAGCGACAGGCUUGGUGUGUCCUGCUCGGCAGACACGGUGGACGGAAGUGGGCUGCCCUAUCGGGAAAACGAUGGUCACGGCGGAGCGUGUUGCGUACUUCGCAAUUUGGCGUGUUUGUGGCGAUCCUUGAGGAUGAUGUGACGGCGCCUCUUUUACUUGCAGGGAUAGAAGCGACGCUCCACGGUGAUGCACACGUUGCGGGUGGAGGCUUCUCUUGCUGUUAUUUUGUGAAUGUUUAUGUUUUGCUUGAACACCACAGAGGGCGGUGU